UUUUUUUUUUUAAGAGUUUUCAGAUGGCAAUAAUAUCAGAACCCAGGGCACCGUCAUUUAAACCAGUUUUAGUAGCAAAAAUGGUUUAUAUAAAGCCAAUAAAAGUCUAGAAAAUUUCAUCUCUUAAGAUUAUCAGACAUGUUUCCUACAUUUAACCAGGAAAAAAAAAAUUCUUUUAUCUGACAAGUCCCCGAAAAAUAAGAAAUGACGCAUUUUGUUCCCACCAGAGCUCAAAAGUCUCAGAAAACUCAACAAUAUAGAAGACGAUCAUUGACUGCAACCAGAGCGAUCCAACCAGGCCAGAGAUGAGACAAAUGUUUGGCCCAUAGUAAAAGAAUUUGGUGUCCAAUGGACCAAAAAGCAAGAUGGGCUGUAAAGUUGGUGGAAAAUAUUUCAGUAGGUUUGAGAUUUGUACGACUGGGAAGAGACCGUAUUCACCUUUAUCUUACAAGUUGAUAUACGAAUAGAAAGAAGAAAACCAAGGUUGAGAAUAUACAUAGAAUAUUCGAGAGAAUGCUAUAAUUGUUAUUUAUACAGUAAACUAGUAGUUCAUCGGAACCACAAAGAAAAUAGAAAUGCUUUUUUUUUUUUUUUUUCCUUUUUGUUUGUUUUUUGCUAAAAAAAGAAAAUAGAAAUGUUGAAUCUCGGAGGAUUUUGCAGACACGAUGAGCAAAUCUUCUCUCUACCAUAAAUGCUCUUCGACUACGUUUCACAAGAAUUGCCAAUCCAAUGUCCUCAUGAGGUUUCAAACUGGCUAUUAGGGAUGGAUGAUGCAAUGGAGGUUGAUGAUGGCCAUGAUUUGGCUCUGGUACCAUAUGGUGUUUCUUCUUCGAAUGCUUAUUCUGGUGGUUCCAAUGGUUCUCAUAUCCCUAUGCAGUUUGGUAGUUUGUGCCUUGGGCAUCUUGGCCCUAGUUUGAGCAUGUUGAGGGUUGGUUUAGGGGAAAAAUCUAAGUCAAAUGUUCAGUUAAGUAAGUCUUUUUAUGGUAGAAAUAUUAUUCAUCUUAUUAUGCAUCUUUCGAGAUAUUUAUGCUAUCGAGUUCCGUGCCAAAUGCACCUCCAAUAUACCAAUUUGUUGUACCGUUGGCGGAUCAUUUUUAUUGUAUACUAUGGACGGAUAAGUUUGAUGUUGAAGAUACAAGACAAAUUGAAGCAAAGCUUAAAUUUCUAUUCUGAUUUGAAGUAAAGUAGAUGCAUCAACAAUCUUUCCAGCAUGUUAUUUCUUCUUCAUGACAACAUUGUCAUUUUGCAAUGGAUGUUGAUUCUUACACGCAAAGUUACAACAUCUGAAUCAUGAUCUGAAGACCUAAAGUCGAGAUUUACAUGGUA